AGUUCUGUAAAAGUAGAGGUAUUAGCAGAUUUUUAAUGGACCAUUGUAGUAUAAGAUACAACUCAUUUCAUUACUGAAAAUAAAUUAGCCAUGGCGCUCGGUGCAUGCAACUAUGCAAGCUGGAAUGGAAUUAAAUUUGCAAGAGUCAAGAGGAAGGAAGGAAGGAAGAAGACCUGUUCGUGCCCAAAUUUCGAAGCCAACAAACAACCAACCGAAAAAUACUCACAAAUUCAUUGCCGAUACUUCCGCCAUCUCCUCCAUUGCCGUCGUUUGAAAUUCAGGUAGAACAUGUAGUAGUUGACGCCGCCCAAUGCCGUUCGUGAUCAUGGCGUCUCGUGCUCCUCCUCUUCUCCUCCUGCUGAUCGUGCUCUCUCUCGUCGUCUUAGCAGCAUUGCUCGCCGCCGCCGCCGCCGAUGCAUCCGCAGUGGCCGGAGGCGGCAGGAGCUCGCCGUCGACGACGACGUUCGUGCUCGCCGGGGAGCGGACGCGGCGGAAGGAUCCUCUCGAUGGGCUGAGGCUCUACUCCGGCGGGUGGAACAUCAGCGACGAGCACUACUGGGCCUCGGUCGGGUUCACGGUGGCGCCGGUGUUCGCCGCGGCCGCGAUCUGGUUCGUCGUGUUCGGCGUCUCGCUCUUCCUCGCCGGCUGCUGCUUCUGCUGCUGCCCCGGCAGCAGCCGCGGCGGCGGCGGCUCGUACUCCUGCACGGCGCUGGUCGUCUCCCUUGUCCUCCUCCUCGCCUUCACCGCCGCCGCCGCCGUGGGGUGCGGCGUGCUGUACGACGGGCAGGGGCGGUUCGACGGGAGCACGGCGGCGACGGUGGAGUACGUGGCGGGGAAGUCCGGCGACGCGGUGGCGAGCCUGAGGGGAUUCGCGAGCUCCAUGGAGGCGGCCAAGGCGGCCGGCGUGGGGCCCGUGUCGCUGCCGGCCAGCGUCAAGGGGAGCAUCGACGGCGUCGUGCGCAAGAUGAGCUCCGCCGCCGACGAGCUCGCGGCGCGCAUGGCGAGCAACGCCGCCAAGAUCCGAGACGCCUUGGAGACAAUAAGGAAGAUUUUGAUUGUUGUUGCUGCCACGAUGUUGAUCCUAGCUGUUCUUGGGCUCGCGUUCUCAAUAUGCGGAAUGGAGUCACUCGUCUAUGUGUUGGUGUUUCUUGGGUGGAUUCUGGUUGCAGCAACGCUUUUGCUCUGUGGCACCUUCCUUCUGCUACACAACGUGGUGGGUGACACCUGCGCCGCCAUGGGCGAGUGGGUGCAGCGCCCGCAGGCGCGCACGGCGCUCGACGACAUCCUCCCCUGCGUCGACACGGCGGCGGCCGCGGACGCGCUGGCGCGGAGCAAGGACGUGACGCACCACCUCGUCACCGUCCUCAACGGCGUCAUCGCCAACGUCUCCAACGCCGCCGCCGCCGGCCUCCCGCCGCCGCUCUACUACAACCAGUCCGGCCCGCCGGUGCCGCUGCUGUGCAGCCCCGGCGAACGCUGCGACCCCGGCGAGGUCGACCUCGCCGCCGCGCCGCGCGCGUGGCGCGAACGCGUGUGCCGCACCACCCGCGCCGCGGCGGCGGCGCCGGAGGUGUGCGCCACCGUCGGGCGCCUCACGCCGGCGAUGUACGCGCAGAUGGUGGCGGCGGCGAGCGCGUGCGACGCGCUGUCGCGGUACGGGCCGGUGCUCGCCGACAUGGCGGACUGCGCGUUCGUCCGGCGCGCGUUCCGGGUGGUCGGCGACGAGCACUGCCCGGGGCUCGGCAGGCACAGCGCGGAGGUGUACCGGGGCUUGCUCGCCGUCGCCGUCGCCGCGCUGGCGUCGGUGGUGCUGUGGGUGGCGCACUCGAGGGAGAGGCGGCGGCGGCGCGACGCCGUGGAGCUCAGGGCGGCGGCGUCGCCGUACACGGUGCAUCACUCUCAUUUGGAGGAAGGAGCGCUCUUGAAGAGCCCCAGAAUGAUGUACAGAUAGAAACUUACUUUUGCUCUCUUUUUUAGAACACAAAACACUUUUGCUUUUCUGCUAACUGGAAUAUUUGAAAUGUCUCGCCGCUCGCCGGCCAAAGUAUAUUAAGAGUUUAGAAAGAAUGUCUUACCUCCCUUUAAAAUAUA